CCUGCCACUCGGGCUGCAAAGUUUCAGUUUCGUUUCCCCGGAGGUCCCUCCCUGUUCCCCGCAGAGCCACCUCCUCCUUCUUGCUUUACCAUUGCCAGUGGACAUCAUCCGGUAGGCCACCAGAUCUGGAACCUACAGUCUACACUUGGAAACACAAAAGUCUAUAAACUUUAAAGAUCCACUGGAGACCUGAAGGAUGGCCUUUCACAUGGAUGAUGGAGUGAUGACAUACAAGGAAAGACCAGGGAACAACUCUAACCAGUGACCCAUAAAAAUUGGAUACAUAUCUCCUAAUUAUUCCUCCAGGGCUGUAACUCUGAGGCACAUGAUCUACACUGCCCUCCAGUAGAGUUAAGUUUCUUUUGCUGACUAAUAUACAUUACUCAUUUUGUUUCUUAGUUUCCCACUUCCCUCCUUAACCAGAACCUCUGAUGUUUUCUAGAUCACUUCUCAAACUGUUUACAAGAAUUAAUUGAAUUCUUAUCUCAAGGUCUGCUCCACCCACACCAAGACACUUGAAAAAAUAAAAAAGUUAUGAAUAUAGCCUCCCUUUAUUUCUGACUUAUAAUUAAAUCCUUUCUAGCACGUGUACCUGGCAUGAGUUUUCCAAAACUGUUUUUACAUGCAUUUAAAGCAUUCAUGAGCUCCCUAUACACAGUUUUCUCACCACCAUUGUAUAUAAUAGGGAGUACUUACUAAAUGCCAGGCACAAGUCUAAGCAUUUUUCAGGUGACUUACCAUUGAAAACUCUGUUAGCCACUGUCUGAUCACAUGACUAGGUAAGAAGCAGAGUCAACCAGGGGACAAAAGGAAGCUCAGCUCUCUUAGCAACCAUGGAUUCCCCUGAACAACACCAUAGAUGGCAAAUUCCCAUUAAACACAAUGUCUUCAAAAUUUUUAAAAGUAAUGAGAGUCGGUUGUGUGAAGUCCUGCAGAAUAAGUUUGGUUGUAUCUCCACCCUGCAUUGUCCAGAUCUGGAAGGAAACAGCAGUGAUCUUGCUCAGCAAGUCUUCAGAAUAAGGCUGACUCCUGAGAUAGAGUUAUCUGUCUGGAAAGAUGACCUCACCAGACAUGCUGUAGAUGCUGUGGUGAAUGCAGCCAAUGAAGAUCUUCUGCAUGGGGGUGGCCUGGCUGGGGCCCUGGCUAAAGCUGGUGGUCCUGAAAUCCAAGAGGAAAGUAGACACUUGAUUGCUGCAAGGGGUAAAGUACCAACUGGUGAGAUAGCUAUCACAAAAGCAGGGAGGCUUCCUUGCAAGCUGAUUAUUCAUGCCGUUGGGCCUCACUGGUUGCUAAUGGAUAAUGAGAUAGCUAUCAAGUUGCUGCAACAUGCCAUUAUGAAUGUUCUAGACUAUGUCAACUAUAAGAACCAAGUCAUUAAGACAGUGGCAAUCCCAGCCCUGAGCUCUGGAAUGUUCCACUUUCCUCUGAAUUUGUGCACAAAAACAAUUUUAGAAACUAUCUGGUUUUAUUUCCAAAAGAACAAAGUGGUUAGUAGUUUGCAAGAAAUUCACUUGGUGAGCAAUGAGGACCUUACCGUUGCUUCCUUUAAAGCUGCCUCAGAAGCCAUGCUAGGGAAGAAUGAUCUGGGCCCCUGGAAAAGUCAAGUAACCACUCCCAUCUCCAACAUGACUCUUCAAAUUGGCCACAGCUUGACUCUUGAGAUUGUCCAAGGCCACAUUGAACUACAAACUACAGAUGUAAUUGUUAAUUCUGAACACAUGCAUAAUCUUAAAAGUGGACCUGUGUCGAAGUCAAUUCUACAACAAGCAGGACUUGAAAUGGAAAAAGAAUUUGACAGAAAGUUUAAACUAUUUUCAGGCUCUGAAUUAGUAUUGGUCACAAGAGGAUUUAAAUUGUCCUGUCGCCAUGUGUACCAUGUGCUGUGGCAUGUAAAUCAUUCUAUGGACCUGACAUUGAAAAAUGCAAUGAAAAACUGUCUGGAAAAAUGCCUUCACCCAUCAACACAUUCCAUUUCCUUUCCUGCCCUUGGUACAGGAAAAAUUGGCAUGGAGAAGAACAGAGCAGCACAGAUUAUGUUUGGUGAAGUUUUAACAUUUGCCAAAGCACACUUGAAACAACUAACUGUAAAGUUUGUGAUCUUUCCUGAAGACAGGGAGACAUAUAAAGCUUUCUGUGCUGAAAUGGCAAACAUGUCCAAGAUGCUGAAUCUCAGAAGCAACAAUACUAUUUUAGCCCCCCAGUGGACCAGAGAGGAACAACGACGAAACAGGUUUGAAGCUGGAUCUCCUACUAUCAACCUCAUGGGAUUAAACAUGGAAGAGAUGUGUGAGGCAGAAAAAUGGAUUCAGAGGUUACUGACUUCCCAGGACCACCACAUCAUUGAGAAUAACCAUAUUCUUUACCUCGGGAAAAAAGAGCACGACAUACUUUCUCAGCUCCAGACAACCUCAAAUGUCACCAUUUCAGAGACUGUCAAUCCAGGAAAAGCAAUUUUAGAGAUUAAAGGAGCCCAGGCUGACCUCAUUGAAGUCGUUAUGAAUAUUGAGUGUAUGCUGUGUGACGUUCAGGAAGAAGUGGCAAGAAAAAAGGAGAAAAGUUUUUGGAGCUUCUCAGGACAAUGGACUGAUCAGCAACCAAAACAGGAUGAGAUGAAAGAAAAUACAUUUCUGAGAUAUCUAGUACCAACUCAAGAACUUAAAUAUCAAAUGAAACAGUUUGAAGAGUGUGGUUUGCAAGUUAAAAAGGUAGAACAUAUAGAAAAUGUAGCGCUCAUGGCUGCCUUCCAAAGGAAGAAGAAAAUGAUGGAAGGGAGAAUGCAGAAGGCACCUGGGAGCCAAAGGCUGUUUCUGCAGGUCCCACACCAGUUCUGUGAUAUGGUGUGCAGAGUUGGAUUUCACAGGCUGUACUCUGCACCCUGUGACACAAUAUAUGGAGCUGGCAUACAUUUCAACAAGACCCUCAAAAAACUAGUGGACAAGGUCAAGAAAGCCUCCAACACAGACAGGUUUAUCUAUGUGUUUGAGGCUGAAGUGCUCACAGGCUCCUUCUGUCAGGGAAGCCCAUUAAAUAUUACCCCUCCACUACUGAGUCCGGGAGCCUUAGAUACCCAUGACAGCGUAGUUGACAGUGUCUCCAAUCCUGAAACCAUUGUUAUUUUUAGUGGAAUGCAAGCUAUGCCCCAAUAUUUGUGGACUUGUACACAGGAUCACGCAUGGUCACAGGAGCAUGCAUGGUCACAGGCUCACACCCAGUCACAGGAUCAUGCAUGGUCACAGGAUCGCACAUGGCCACACAAUUAUUUGUCAGGACCAAUGUUUUCUUCACAGCAAUCCUGGGGGAAAUUCCAAAAUGGCAGCUCUGUUUAGGCUCUCUCUACAUCAUUUUAACAAUUGGCAUGGUCUUAGUUUGGGUGAACUAACAAAAUGCCUGUCAGUAACUCAAAGAGUGGCUUGAAUAUAUCAAAUAGUUUAUCUGUUCACAAUGAUUGGGUUACUGAGGGUACCAACCACAUACUUGCAUUUUACUUAGUGCCUUCAUUUUUUACCUCUUGGGGUUGGGUUAGAUAGAUGCCAACUAAAACAUUUUCCCAACUCUUCCUUCUCCUUGAAAUUGUUCUUUCACCUCCUUUCUUAUGGGUAACAGCAAGAUUAUUAUAUAUAUAGCAAAGAUGUUUUUCUAGUAUAUAAUUCAAGCCUUUUAUUUUCUAAAAUGAUUGUAUAAAAUAUUAUGACAGCAGAAUGAUUUUAGAUUUUCCAUAUAAUCUUAUAAAGUGCUUGAGAUGUCCAAAUAAAUCACUUUGUCUGAGUAACUGGCUCUGAAUAGUUAUGAAAUGAAAUAAUUUGAAGUAGAAAGACAUCAAAAGUCUGAUAUGCAGUUUGGAUUAGACCGUGUCAAGUGAUGCCACUCAAGCACCCUGUACUUAAGUAUUAACUCACUUGCAUUUAUUGAUCACUAAAAGUGUUUUACUUUCUGGAUACUAAGGAUAGGAUAAGCAAGACAAAUAUUACAAACCUUUUAGCUUGAAUAAUCAGAAAGACAGAUAAAGACAACUUUAACAAGUAUGACUAGGUAUAGCUAAAGGAGAAUUACAGAUUCUUUAGAAAAAUUUAGUGGCUGGGGGCCAUGCCUCUCUGGCUGUGUCCCUCACUUGGAACUUCCAUCUUCCUGGUCUGAUGCUUUGUCCCCAUCUUCUCCCCUUGGGCACCACCAUCUCUGCUAUUAUAUCCUCCCACCCUACCCCCCACAGUCCAGGCUGGGCGAGUCCCCCAUCUGGGGCUCUGUGCCGCCCCCCACAGCCCGAGGGGCAGGGCUUCGUGGGGAUCGAGCUUCAUGGCUUUCUAUGAAGAAUCCCAAACCCUGCCUAGGAGCCACCUCACCCUCCCAGGGCUCCACCUUCAGCCCUCAGCCCACAGGGUCCAGGGGCCACAGUGGCUCGACCAGACCAGGAUAGGGUGCCUGGGCAACUCCCCUCACCAUGCCUGUGGCUGUUCCCACAUCCCUUUGAGUAUCCCAGGAAAAAUAAAACCCCAGAACUGCA